GUUUCUCUCUCCACGUCUCUCAAUCGCAAUUCGGAGCAUUAUUUGAAGACUUGACGUCGACAAGAUGCCCAAAGGCGGAGAAAUCUGUGCUGCUAUAUGUUCAGUAUGCUGUAUCUGUUGUUCCAACAAUCUCGCAAACUGGUGUCUCCUCAAAUCCGGUCGUAAUCGCGACGACGACGAAGAUGACUAUAAUGACGACUUCGAGCAGGAUGAAGCACGUCACGGUCAACAUGCGGAAGCUACACAUCUUGAAAACCAGCGCAAAGCGAAAGAUGGUGGUAACAAGGCCAACAAGCCCAAGACCGAGACUCAUAAUCAACCCUCACCGAGAGAGACGAUGAGGGCAGCGGCUCAGAGAGAGGUUUGAGCGAAGAUGCGAGUUAAAGGCAACAACUUGAAGACGUCCUACUAUGAAUCGGAUUCAGCCUACGUUGACCGACGGCCGCCGGUUGCCUUGAUGAUUACAUGGAGAUUUUGUUCAUGAUAUCGGCUUGACGAUGGAAUCCCAUUGCCGCGCAGCUUCGAGGAGGUUAGACCGGAAGGGUUUGAAUGAAGGGCAGGUCCCUGGAGCAAUAUGUUUGGCAGAUAUUGCAUUGCUUUCACCUGCGUAUAUUAUAUAUUAACAUGAUACUGACGAGAAUCAUGAAGUUGAUUGAAGUGGUUGCGAGUCGGGUCCAGAAUAGAGACGGUAUAUAUGUCUUCGGAGUCUAUGAAUAUAUAGGACUGACGUAGACGAGAGAAGUCUCUUGCAACUUC